GUGGUGUACAAAGGCACAAGAAAGGAAUUGCUGGACAAUCGAAGAAAUGAAACGCAAAGGUCUUAUUUGCUUAGAACGUAUUCGAGAGACGUGGUCAAUUUAAGGAAAGCAAAUCACAAAAAUACUUGAAAAUGUCCUUUAAGGAGGUUAGGGAUUUGGCUGAGCAUUUGAAAUUGUUGGGCUAUCCCCAGACGUUUCCCCUGCAGGCCCUUUCCUCAAAUUUCGGCUGUUUGGCCUCCUUUUAUGUUGUGGCUGAUGUUCUGCAGUGGCUUGCAGGGCUCUUGGAACCUGGAGCCAUUCUACCUGGAGGUAUUACCAACCAAGAUGAUCGAGUUCUGUUGAUACGCUCCGCCACGGAGUUCUUUGUUACCAAAUCUGCCAUCAAAUUGAAUCCUCGCAAGCUAUAUGCUGCCUCAGCUGUGACAGCUGGAGAAUUACAAAAAAUCACCCGUUUACUGAUAACCCCAGCGUCCAAUGAGGAUGGCGAUGAAGAGGAGGAUAAUUAUCGUAGCCUUAAUCAAGUGGAUAUUGGGGAUAAAAUUGAAGAUUUACGUCGUGCCAGAGAACUCUCCUCGGAUUUAACUCAACGAGGAGCGGUGCUCUAUGAACUACUGCAGAAAGAGAUGAAUAACAAAGAGGCUCGUUUGGCCCAGGCCAAUAGGCCCAUGGAGCUGGCUUCGGUGGAGAGAACUUUGAAGAAUGCCGUAGCCUCUGCCCAGGUUAAGUUGCAAGCGAACAGAGCUCAAUUGGAAAAUGCCCGAGUGGAGCUGAAUGCCCUGCACUCAAAGUUGCAAAGGAAAAAGGCCGAGUUGGAAAGAACCAAGCAGCGUUUGGAGGCUUUGCAGAAAAUUCGCCCGGCUCACAUGCAGGAAUUCGAGGAAUAUGAAAAGGAACUGAAGAACCUUUUCCAGCAGUACUUUCUGCGCCUGCACAUACGCGAUGCCUUGCGAGCCCAAUUUGAGGCCCGUACCAAACGCUCCUCGCCCAUUUCAUCGCCGCUGUUGCAAAAGGCCAAUGAAAAUUCAAUGCCUUUCAUACCGGAAGGCCUGCUGGCCGAUGAUGAUGAAGAUUUGGAUGAUGAUGAGCCACGUUUAGAGGGCAACUCUGGCUUGGAAAAUGACAUACCAGAUGAGAUGCAGAGAAAUGCAAAAACUUCAACGGCAUCCAAUAAAAGACCUGGCACCGCCACAUCACGUAUGCGUCCCACAACUGGUCGUGGGCGUAAGGGUACGGCCCUCAUGAAUGCCGCCGCUGCUGCCAGAAAUGAUAACUCAGCCGAAUCAGCGAGUCAAGAUGUUGAAAAUGAUAGUUCCUUUGGUAGUUCGGAUAGCGACUUUGAUAUGGCCGAACUUUUGGGCAUUAGCACAAAUGCUGCCGGUGGAGCGGUUGUGGGUAACAAUGAUGACCUUGGAGAUGAUGAUUUUGAUUUGAACUCCAUGGACAGUAUUAGCAUUUCGAAAAUCACCGGAGAGUUGCAAGUCCGUCCCAAGACUGCUGUCAAACCGGAAACCCACAGUGAUGAAGAUUUUUAAAUGAGACUAGAGAAAAUUCAAUUUAUCAUCAGUAAUUAUAUAUUUUGAGACAUUGCCUUUUUAAUAAACAGGAUAUUUGAA